AUGCCAGGUUUCAGUGGUGGGGGGGUUGGGGGAGGAGUAGGGGGCCAUGCUUCUGCUCCUCCCCGCCCAUUUCGACCCAGCCGGUACGUGCCAGUGUCUGCAGCUACCACAUUCCUCGUUGGGUCCACAACACUCUUCUUCUGCUUCACUUGCCCAUGGCUGUCAGAGUAUUUCUCUUCUGUCAUUCCCAUCUACAAUGCUGUGAUCUUCCUCUUCACUCUCGCCAACUUCUGUAUGGCAACUUUCAUGGACCCUGGAAUCUUCCCCAGAGCGGAGGAGGAUGAGGAUAAAGAGGAUGAUUUCCGCGCUCCUCUCUAUAAAACUGUGGAAAUCAAAGGCAUCCAGGUGCGCAUGAAGUGGUGCUCCACCUGUCGCUUCUACCGUCCACCACGCUGUUCGCACUGCUCUGUUUGUGACAACUGUGUGGAGGAUUUUGACCAUCACUGUCCAUGGGUGAACAACUGUAUUGGCCGGAGGAAUUAUCGCUAUUUCUUCCUCUUUUUACUUUCUCUAACCACCCACAUUAUGGAUGUAUUUGGCUUUGGCCUGGUUUACGUUCUCCACCACCGCCAGCAGCUGAACACGCCACACGCUGCGGUUACUAUGGCUGUGAUGUGUGUGGCAGGUCUGUUUUUUGUUCCAGUGGCUGGCCUGACUGGGUUCCACAUAGUGCUGGUGGCCCGUGGUAGGACCACUAAUGAACAGGUGACAGGGAAAUUCCGAGGAGGCGUCAACCCUUUUACCAAUGGCUGCUUUAGGAAUAUUACACAUGUUCUCUGCAGCUCUCAGGCCCCCAGGUACGUUGGUCGAUGGCGAGGUCGUCAGGCACUAGAAGUACAGCCACCAUUUCUUAGACCGUCGCUCACCGAAGCCCAACUAGAGGCAAAAAUCCUUGACAAUGGGAUCCAGAAUGACCGACACAGCACAAGGUCCAAGAGCAGUCUAGAUCAUAUGGAAAGCCAGUCUGCUGAUGCAGAGCCUCCACCUCCUCAAAAGCCGGAUCUUCGUUAUCCCGGCCUGCCUCGUGCUGACACAGAGGAGAGCAGCUUGUUGACUGAGGCUCCCCCAACGCCAUCAAUGUACAAGUACCGCCCGGCCUACAGCAGCCCAGGAAAGAACCACACUGCUCUCACACAUCCAAAUAAGAUGAUCCGUGGGGAGAGUCUCGACUCUCCGUCUUCCUCCAUCCUCCAGUCCAGCCGUCAGCCUAGCUACCGUUCGGAGCCAAGCAGCCUGGAUGGGGCCACCGUGGUGGGAGGAGGUGUAGGGGCGCGCAGAGGGGGAGGGGAAAGGGGUGAGGGCUCUGGAGGCCCUGCUGGGACUGCUGGGGGGGUGUCGGGGGGCAUGUCAGGUUACUCCCUGACUGGGCGCUCCUACACCUCCUACCCAUCCUCGCUGGUUCUGUCCACUGGUGGCUCACGCUCAUCCAGCCUUCGCUCAGCACAGACUGCCCAUAACCCGCUGGCCACACUCCAGUCAGAGGGCACGACAGACACCAGCUACAAAAGCCUGGCCAAUCAGACGCCUCGGAAUGGCAGCUUGUCAUAUGACAGCCUGCUGACGCCAUCUGAGAGCCCAGAGUUCGAGUCAGCUGCCCAUGAGCUGUCGCCGCAGAAACCUUAUGUCCCGUUUCCCUCCUCGACAAUAACGGGCCAGUCCGAGGUGGUGUCACCCAGUAGCCCGCUGCAGGGUUACACGUCGCCCUUCCUCUCAGCUCAGUUUGCCCAGCAGAGGGAGGGGCAGCUGCUCCAGGGCUCCGCCACUUUCUCCUCCCCCCAUAGGGCCUACCUGCGUGCCGUCAGCCCGCCUCCUCCCGCCUCCUCCGAGGCUCAGCAUCUUCUCCAGCACAACCUGGAUCCGUCUUCCCGAGCCACUCGCAACCUUUCCUCCUCAUCCUCAUCCCCCGGGGCCCGCUCACCGGAGCCCCACGUCUCCCCGCCACCUCGCGGCCUCUCCCUCAGCAAGUCCCCGUCUCACACUGGUGAGGCAGGGUCACAGCACAAGCCUCGCCCCGCAGGAGGGGGCACUGUGCUGGGAGGGGGAGUCGGAGGAGGGCAACAGGCCUCACAAUCCAUCUCUCGCCCAGUCUUGGCCAAUCACACCACAACCAAACCAGGGGGCGGAGUGAAGAAAGUAACCGGUGUUGGAGGGACCACAUACGAGAUAUCG